AUGGCACUCGACGAAACACCAAAAGAACCACCCGAUGGACUGACAACUGAUGAAAGUGCUGCAAUUCGCCUUUACACUAUCGAAUGGGAAGGACCACAUCAAAGUCUCUAUUUCAUGCUCAAUCACACUCUCAAGAACAGCGAUCGCGAGCAUCUACGACCCUAUUUUAAGUAUAUGAAACUAUUCUUAACUGGUUUGGUCAAAUUACCAUGCAGUCCACCGUUAAUUGUUUGGCGAGGAGUGACUAAAAAUUUGAGUGCAGAAUUUCCACCUGGCACUCCAGUGAUUUGGUGGGCAUUUUCAUCGUGCACAACUCAAUUGACUGUGCUUGAGAACAACAUGUAUUUGGGCAAUAGUGGCGAUCGAACAUUAUUCUCUGUAGAAGCAAUUAAUGGUCGAACAAUACGUAAUCAUUCACAUUUUGUUACUGAAGAUGAAAUUCUUCUUCUGCCUGGUACUUACAUGAUAGUUCAGUCACAACUGAAUCCAGCACCCGAUCUUCAUAUCAUUCAUUUGAAACAGAUUAUACCGAAAGAAGUACUCUUGAAACCACCAUUUAAAGGUAUUCUUUGA